AGGUAUGCCUCCCACACUUCAUUCAUCAUUCAUCACAUUAACAUAUAAAAUGUAUGCUCACUACUUAUCAAUCAUCAUGGAAGAUGAUCAAUAGAACAAACGGAGUCAGAGCCUUUAGCCUGGUCGUCAGGCUAGCGCUAGCAUACAAAAUCCGGUAACAUUUUACCGUCUGAUAUGAACUUAUGCUAGCCAGCUAGCCAGCAGGGUUUUUCUUUUGUUGCUUCUUGCUCAACUAUGGUGCAUUCAAGGACCACCAAAGUGUGAACAAACAUUUUUAGUGAAGUAUAAAGACACAAACAUGCCAAAAUUGGACUUGUAUUACUAUGUAUUUAUAAACAAUGACUCACUUAGUGAUAUGUGAUAUGUGCUUUCUGUGGAAAAUAAACUAUUUUCUGAGAUAAAAAAAUAUUUUUUGAUCAAAAAUCCACAAAAAUGCUGGAUCAAUAACAAAUACUGUUAAAUAGUAUUGUAAACACUGUACCUAACGGCGGAAACUAAUUGAUUUAAUCACGUUAAAAUAUUUAGCUUAAAGUGCGCGCAUCCUGUCAAGCCACGCCUAUAUGUUAUGACGUCAGACGGAAGCAUAGUGUACUGUUCCCACACACACACACACACACACACGCUAUAACAUUAUUCUGACCCGAACACGUCGACAUGAGAGUAUUUCCAACAAAAUAUAUCUAUCUCCUACUCACAAAACACGUCUCUACUCCUCCACGGAACCACACUUGCUUAUUGUCACGACACCACAGCGAAGGUGCGUUUCAGGGACACUCGGAAAAUCAGUAUCUAUCACGGUGUAGUGUACGUGUGGUCAAAAUAAAAAGGAAGACAAAGAAAACGUGGAUAUUCUUACCCCUCAGCAACCUAACUCUUACUGCGAAAGUACAAUUUGAUGCAUUUAAGUACGCUCGGAAAUCCCUUUAAAAAUAUACCUACAUUGGAAACCAGUGAAUUCGUCGUAAAAUACGCGGUGUCUUUGAACGCAACGCUUCAUAGUAAGCGCAUGAUAACAUAACGCGGUUAAAAAUGUUUAUCAAAUAAUACCAAGUAAAUAUGUUAGCUUGACUGCAACUUUCAGAUCAUAUUCAGCUGUUUAUACUCUGUAUCGAUUAUAUUUUUAUUCAGAAAAUGCAGGAAAAACUGGCAUGAAUUUGAAUAGAAUUAGCAAGCAUAUAUAAUAGCAUUUUGACUAUUCCACUACAUAUAAUGAUGAGUAUUAUUGAUAUUAAUGUAUGUACUGUAGAUAGUAUUUUGUGUAUAUUUUUUGCACCCUGUGAGUACAUUACAGAAAGAAAGGUGAGCUCUUAUUUUUGUGCGGGUACAAACAGGAAGUGCGAGUCCCGGUGUCCCCCCCACAGAGAGCACACUCAGGUUCGUUGGGGCUGCAGGUUCUACAUAGGCUGAACAUGGCUGCUGCUCGGACCCGGUAGGCUGCUCCGCCAUAGCAACUCCCCCUAACCCCUCCCUCGCCGAGCCCAGGCAGCAUCACCCUGCACACGGCUCAGACAUAUUUGGUCCUCCGGAAGUCUGCACGGUUCGGGUAAGCCAGUCCCUUCCCGACCAACACGGCGGCUUGCAUGGGUGGAGCACACUUUGUUUUUUUUUAAUGUUUUUUUAAAGAUGAAAGCAUUAAAAAAAGAGACAUUUUAAAUCGACUAGAGCAGAGGCAACAGCAGCAGAAGAAGCUCUGGCCGUAAAGUUUGUCCUGAAAAGCGGGAAGGCUCGCUGCUCGGACCCUGGGCUUCUUAAAAUGGCUGGCUGGAGGUUCGAGGUUCGCCUGGUGCGAGAGGAAGCACACUUCCUCCUCCUCCUCCUUCUCCUUCUCCUUCUUCUUCUCCUUCUUCUCCACACAAGGCCUCUCUAAAUGGCUGUGACCCAAAAUGGCUUCCCAGUUGGCUGCAGUGCUGUCAAGAGGCGGUCCGGAGGUCCAAAAUGGUGGAGAACCAGCCAGGCCUGUCACAGAGGACUCAGAGGGUGCCCUCCCGUCCGACUGGGAUGCUGUGCCAAUCAAUGGGAGAAAGCCACAUGUGGGCGGGACUUAUGAACCUGCCCUCCAGGAAGCCGGUGAUGAACUAAGGCAGCCAAUCAGAGCCAAAAUGGUGGCUCACGCCUCUGCCGCCACCCUGACCAAAGAUACUGGUUCCUGUUUAGAAACAAACCAAAUAUCUGUUGCGAAGACCAGCAAGGAGGAGGAGAUGCUUCGAUCUGAUUGGCCGGUGCUCAACGGCGUUAAAUUACAGCCCGGGACAAAACGGGCGGAGGAACAGAGCGAACCGCUGGACCUGAGUCUACCCAAGAGACGUGACAACCGAGAGACGAGAUACGGACGCUUUCUGGACGCUUGCGAAAGCUCGCUGAUCAUGGAAGUGGACGAAUACGACGGCGAGGCCGACAGAGACGUGGUGGAGGAGGACAACGAAGACCUGCCCUCCUUUUUCACCACCUCAACCAAUGAUCUUCUCCUCAUCGACGACCAGGGCAUCCCGUACACUCUCAGCCCGGAUGGACUCAGGGUGCCACAAGUGGACGCCCCCACGGCGUCCCGGGCCCCUCAGACGGCGGGGGUGUCCUCAGAAGAAAACCUCAGCCAAAGUUUCGACGAUGCACCUUCUCGUCACCUGAUGGCGUCGCCGGUUGUGGAUUCGCCGCCCUCCGACACCUUGCCCCCGGUGCCCGGUCAAGCCAUGCAGAUCCUCACCGGCGCCUCGUCCGGCGCCCCCAUUCUGUUGUCCUCGGCGCCGCUCAGCCUGUCUCUUGCGCCCGGUGCUUCCGCCCCCAUGUUCCUUCUGCUGUCCUCAAGUGAGUCUACCUCCACCCCGAUCGCGGUCCUAGAUCCCUCUACGGGUCAGUUGUCCCAGAUCGCCGCCCCCGUCUCCUUCACCCAGGGGAACCUGUUGCCUCAUCUCGCCGAUUCGCUCUGUCACGCAAACUCCCGUGGAAGUGAAGCCAUAUCCGCCGAGCAAGUCUCAAACCCGAGCGACAAGCCAUUGACUAGUUUGACCCCCGACCCCUCAGACGUCCAGUCCCCGGCCCCUGACCCCCAACCGGACACAGAGCACUUACCUCUGGACGACCAUCUGUACUUCUCCAGUUCCGCCGCUCCGCCGUCGCCGCCCAAACUGGAGCCCCUCGACCCGCCGGACCCUCUCUCCCCUGCUGACUCGCCCAACGACCCGGCCGCCCGCCGGGUGCUGUACUGCCAGCUGUGCCCGAGGGUCUUCUUUUACCUCUCCGACCUGGAGCGCCACCGCAUCACACACUCGCAGAAGAAGCCGCACGUUUGCCAACAGUGCGGCAAAGCCUUCAAGCGCUCCAGCCAUCUGCAGAGACACAAGCACAUCCACACGGGCCAGAGGAACUUCGUGUGCCCCAUCUGUGCCAAACGCUUCAGGGAGGCGGGCGAGCUCCAGCGCCACCAACGGGUCCACACGGGAGAGAAACCCUACCAGUGCCAACUUUGCCACACGCGCUUCGCCGAGCGCAACACCCUGCGGCGUCACACCAAACGCAAGCACCCUUACCACCAGGUCGCCAUGGAGAUGCUCAACGAGCGCGGCGGCGGCGGCGGCGUGCAGGCGGGACACGGGGAAGAAGAGGAACCCGCCGAAUGGUACAGCUCCACUGUGUCGCAUUUGGAAAAUUCCGAGUCGGAAACGGAAGCGUAACUAGCGUACAAAGACGGGAGCACUUGCAAUAUUUCUGGGAUUCUUUCUCUGAAUGUAUGUUAUUCCCAUUCCCAUUCCAUUUCACUGCCAACCAUACUUUACUGAUGGUCCUCUGGGUGCACGCCACUUCCCUUCCCGGGAAGCUGAAACCAAACCCUAAAAGGUCCUUACUUUACCUCCAUGACCCCUCUAGCAUUCAUUUUCAAUGGCUUUCCUUUUCUUUACCGCACUCAUAAAGUCAUAAAAGCCAGACGACGUUCUACUUGUCAAGACGCAGAACUAUUUCAUAUCGACACACCUGGAGGAUUAGAUUUGAUUGAUGAGUCCUAAUCAAUAUCAUCACAUGACUACUAUCAGGAGAACCGGAGCAUAGAGGGGGAGGAGCCGCCUGCUGUGGCCCAGCAAGGUGCACCGUAUUCGGGCACAUGCUCCGAGCAGCCACUGUGACACCACGGAGGUCUCUGGACAACCUUUUGCACUUUUCUAGCGCUGCGGCGUUACUUUUUCUUUCACCUGUCGGACUAUGAUGUCAUUUGAAAUGGAUUUCAUUGUGUAUAUAUUAUAUAUAUAUAUAUAUAAACAUUUUUUGUU